UAGCAAGUCGGCGGCACCAACGGCGGAAAAGGAGAGGGGACUGAAAUGUAGAGCUGGCAUCUACUUUCCACCGUUAACAGGACGCUUUUAUAUAUGUAUACAUAUACACAUAUAGAGGGCCUUCAUGAAGAGCCCCAAGUUAUUAGCUCUUCUUAUGAUUAUGUCGGAGGGCGCAGUCGCAGCCCAGUGCUUUUUGUACACAGCUCGUCUAUUUAUUCCAGUCUGAAGCAGGGAUUCAGAUAGAGGACUUCUAAAGUAGAUAGAUAGGUAGAUUAGAUUAUCCCGUUUUUAAUACGUCGCUUUGUUCUUGUCACUCGUUCGCAUUUUAUACGGGGGCCGAUCUUUCCUUUUUGUGGAGAAAGAUCCGUCAGGUUAAGCCACAAUGUAUAACACAGUUUGGACAACGGAGAAAGCCGGCGAGGAGGGAGACUGGAGGGACGUGAUGAUGCCCUACUCCACGGAGCUGAUCUUCUAUCUGGAGAUGGACCAGCCGCCAGCUCUUCCUCCGAAGCCAGCGAAGCCCCAGCAGCCCUGCUCCGUCGGGUUGGGAGGGGGCAGCAGCAAUGGCACCAAGGACGGAGGAGCAGGAGGCUCACUGCAAGAGGCCGAGUGGUACUGGGGUGACAUAUCCAGGGAGGAGGUGAAUGAUAAGCUCAGAGACAUGCCGGAUGGGACCUUCCUGGUUCGGGAUGCUUCCACCAAGAUGCAGGGAGACUACACACUCACACUGAGGAAAGGGGGCAACAACAAGCUGAUAAAGAUUUACCAUCGGGACGGGAAGUACGGCUUCUCCGACCCGCUGACGUUCAGCUCAGUAGUGGAGCUCAUCAGCCACUACAGACACGAGUCUCUGGCUCAGUACAACACCAAGCUGGACGUCAAACUCAUGUACCCCAUCUCCCGCUUCCAGCAGGACCAGCUGGUGAAGGAGGAUAAUAUUGAUGCUGUGGGGAAGAAGCUUCAAGAAUACCACAAUCAGUACCAGGAGAAGAGCAAAGAGUAUGACAGACUAUACGAAGAAUACACAAAGACGUCGCAGGAGAUCCAGAUGAAGCGGACAGCCAUCGAAGCCUUCAACGAGACCAUCAAGAUCUUCGAGGAGCAGUGUCACACGCAGGAGCGCUACAGCAAGGACUACAUCGAGCGCUUCCGCCGCGAGGGCAACGACAAGGAGAUCGAGAGGAUCAUGAUGAACUACGAGAAGCUCAAGUCUCGGCUCGGAGAGAUCCACGACAGCAAGGUGCGGCUGGAGCAGGACCUGAAGACGCAAGCCAUGGACAACCGGGAAACCGACAAAAAGAUGAACAGCCUGAAGCCCGACCUCAUACAGCUCCGCAAGAUCAGGGACCAGUAUCUAGUUUGGCUCAAUCACAAAGGAGUUCGUCAAAAACGAAUUAACGACUGGCUGGGAAUCAAGAACGAAAAUACUGACGAAGGCUACUUUGUGAAUGAGGAGGAUGAGAACUUGCCCCACUACGAUGAGAAGAGCUGGUUCGUCGGGGACCUGAACAGAACGCAGGCGGAGGACCUGCUCACGGGGAAGCCAGACGGAGCAUUUCUCAUCCGAGAGAGCAGCAAAAAGGGCUGCUACGCCUGCUCUGUAAAUGUUGAAGGUGAGGUGAAGCACUGCGUGAUCUACAGCACACCGCGCGGCUUUGGCUUCGCUGAACCAUACAACCUGUACAGCAGCCUGAAGGACCUGGUGCUCCAUUACCACCAGACCUCCCUGGUGCAGCACAAUGACUCGCUCAACGUGCGCCUUGCAUACCCCGUCUACGCACAGAUGCCCUCCGGACGCAGAUGAACCCCACCCAGCCACACCCCCACAUAGACAACAAACCAACCCCCUCUUGGGGAAGGGAGAACGGGGAGAUUGAAGGAAGGAGGAAAGGGGGGGGGAGGGGGAUUGGUUGAAAUACAAAGCAACCCCAACACCAGACCCGAUAAAGAUAGAAACAAAUUAAACACUAGCUGCAACACACACGUCAGCCACCUUGGAGUUAUAUAUUUUUACAAGAACAAUUUCGGAGGGCAUUCUUUCUAAAGACUGCUUGAUUUGCACAAGGAAGUUUUAAAUGUUUGUGAAUGUGAAAAAAAAAAAAUAAGCGACUGAAGGAAGGAAGGAAGGAAACGGAGUAGGACACUUCAGAGUUUCAGAUUGACCCCGCUGCUACCUAAACUCCAGCUCAGACUUUUUACCGAAAACAAAAAAAAAAAAACAUGCGAAAGACGACGAAGACGACUACAAAACAUUCCCAAAUGUUUCUUCUUGCCAGUUAUUUUUAGUUUGCACCUCAGAUAUUACAAACUUUUUUUGCUUGGUUCUGGAGUAGUUUUCAUGUUUCAGAUGUUUCCUUUUUGUUUCUCGUAUCUUUUUUUUUUUUUGUGGUAAAUGCAAGAGAGGAGAUGAUGUCAAGUGUCUGUCCUGUCCCUCUCCAUACGAAAAGCAAAAAUAAUGUAGCAAAACGAGACAACGGACACUUACUUUAUGAAGUGUUCC